UUUCUCUUCGCGACUCGGGCCCUGCAGAGCUCGCCGCCGGUUGUUUCCGUGGGGGACAGAACUCCCAGGGCCCCCGCAGGCCGCCCUGCCUCUUCCGGGGACGCGCUCCUCAGAGGAGCCGACCCGACCCCGGGCUACGCGUGACCCCCUCUGACGUGGGGUGGGGGCCGCGUGGAUGACCUGCGCUCUGGGCCCCCAGGUGGAGCUGGAGGUCACGCUGCCGGGCGAAGGGAAGGACCGCAUCUUCAAGGUGUCCAUCAAGUGGGUGUCCUGCGUGAGCUUGCAGGCGUUACACGAUGCACUUUCGGGGCGGCUGCCCAGCGUCCCCUUCGAGACGAUCCAGGCCCUCGACGUGGUCAUGAGGCACCUGCCGUCCAUGAGGUACACGCCCGUGGGCCGCUCCUUUUUCACCGCCUCCGAGGGCUGCUCCAACCCCCUGGGCGGCGGCCGGGAAGUGUGGUUCGGCUUCCAUCAGUCCGUCCGCCCUUCUCUUUGGAAAAUGAUGCUAAAUAUUGAUGUCUCGGCAACGGCGUUCUACAAGGCACAGCCAGUCAUCGAGUUUGUUUGUGAAGUUUUGGAUUUUAAAAGUAUUGAAGAACAACAAAAACCUCUGACAGAUUCCCAAAGGGUCAAGUUUACCAAAGAAAUCAAAGGUCUGAAGGUGGAGAUCACUCACUGUGGGCAGAUGAAGAGGAAGUACCGCGUCUGCAACGUGACCCGGCGGCCGGCCAGCAACCAAACGUAACGGCUCCCCCGGCCCGUGGCCCUCCCGCCAGGCAGGGGCCCAGUGGGGACAGUGACUCCGGGAAAAAGGAUCCAGUCGGUUUUGAAAUUAGCCCAGGGUUCCCAAACCUCCCAGUGGAAGGAACCUGGGGGCUCCCGCCAGCCCCCCCGCUGUGUAGAGCAGGGGCCCCUCUGUCCCGAGCUUGGGGCUGAGCAUGCUGGGAGCAGCGGGCUGCUCUCCCUCCCCCAGUUCCUGGGCGUGGCCCCGUCUUAGCUGUGAGGGGCCCUGGCUUCACUUACCAGCCGGAUCCAGGGCCCUGAAGUGACUGCCAGGCUGCAGGGUGGGCACCGUCCUGGGGAGAAGCAGUAGGUGCGCCCCCCUCUCCUCCGCAUGGUCUCCUGGCCCAGAGGGUGUGGGGCACUGGUCCCGCACC